AUGGUGUUCAAUAGCGAAGCUAUCUUAAGGGCUCUUAGACCAGUAACUAUACGCCAGAUGCUGGACGCGAAACAGCUUCAUUCCCUGGCUCAUUUCACGAUUGAUGGGUACGAAAUCGACACAAUUACUACAGUUGCUCAUGUCCUGGAAGUUGAAAUACACGAUUCGUACGUUGACUACCAUCUUGAGGACGGCGGGACCUCUCCAGGCCAAAUUACUGCUCGUCACUUCCACGAGGAGAACCAAGUUCCGAUCGACGCCGAUGAAGGCUUGCCAUAUGCACGAAUUAUUGGUCAACUGGAGUCGAGAUUUGAAAACAAUUGCGUCAAGGUCAAGCAUAUACGCAAAGUAAUUGACCCGCAUGAAGUAUACUUCCACUUUCUCGAAGCACUGGUCGCCACGCGGUAUUUGGAAAUUGGCCCACCUCCUCCAAUAGAAGUACGACAUUUGGGCGAUGGCGCUUCUGUCCUAGAACAAGAGUUAAUAACGGAAUCAUCCUCACCGCCCUCUGUAGCCCCACUGACCCAGGAUGUUGAUCUGGCACAAGGGGUGAAUGACAUGGAUAUAGAUGACUCUGAUCAUGACGACGGAGAGCGUGCCGGUGAUUGCAGUAAUCCGAGCAUAAGGAAUGACGACUUGGUGCAUCUCACUGCUUUGCAGCGUGGCAUCAUUGAACAGAUACGGAAAUAUGAACAAUCGCCAGACGGAGCCGGUGUCAGAGCCAUUGCUAGAGGUGUUAGACAUCUCAAUGUCACUGCUCAAGAAGUCGAACAAGCAUUUGAUUUACUCACUGACAAAGCAUACAUUGUCACCACCAUUGAUCUUUCACAUUACAAGCUCACGAAGAAAAGCGCAGCUUCCACUGACCCAUGA